AUGAGGUUAUCCAGAAGUGGAAGCAGCACCCGCUACCGGGCCGGUUCAGGCCUUCCUCCUUCCUCAUUUCAUACAAAAAACAAUACCCAGCGGCAGCUUUUGUAUCCUUCCUCUCCCAGGUACAAUCUGGUUUUUUACUUUAACCUAUUCUUCUACCACCUCUCUGCUCAGAUUGAAUUCAGCUCGCUCUUCACUCUCCUCUGGCUCUCCUCGAAGCGGUUCCUCAAGGGCAACAAAAUGACCGGGAUCCUUGACUACCUCCAGUGCGCUCUGGGAAAGCUUUUAUAUCGCGUCCGUGGCCAUGAUUCGAAGCAGAUCAUCAGAAGUGCUGCUUUCAGAGAUCUUCCCGAACCCAACAUGACCCUUGAAGCGCCAGAAUGUGGUCCCACAGGCUCGGUACUGCUUGACUUCCAUACUUGUCUCGCUGAGGACAGCAAGGGAAGAUUCCCUGAGCUUCGCUGGACUUCUCCUCCUCAGGGUGACGUGAAGGAGUAUGUGCUGAUCUGCGAAGACAUUGACUUGCCCAUUCCACGUCUCGUGAUCCAUCAUGGCCUGUUUUACGGUAUCCCUCCCACAAUCACCACCGCAACAUAUGCCGACAUCAAACAGAAAAAAGAUGCAGGAGAACGACUGACUCGCUCUAAUUGGAAGUAUGUUCCUAAUCUGACCGGCAAUUCUUAUAUUGGUCCUGCUCCACCUCUGGGUCACGGCUUGCACCGGUACGUUUUCACCAUUAUCGCACUCAAUGAACCUCUCCAGUUUGCCCAGGGGGAACAGGUCAGCAAGCAAAUGAUCAAAGAGGCCAUGGUUGGCAAAGUCAUUGGCUGGGGUCAGUGGGUUGGACUGUGGGAGCGCCCAUGGCCUAAAUAA